AUGUCUACAUUGUGUACAACAGAGACCCCCGUUACUUUGGAGACCGGUCUUGAUGUUCUUGUCGAUAUUAGUUGGCGAAAAGUUGCCGGGGACGCUGGCUACAUAAUCAUGGCCCGGUUAAUAACCAUCAUUGAGGAGAUUCAAGCAUUACUUGAUAUCAAACAGCUCUUUAAUCUGGAUGAGAUGGCUAUAGUUGAAUCAUAUAUUAAAGAUCGACCAACCACGAGAUUUUCUAAACAAGACGUGAAGAUUUUCAUAGAAAAACUGAUUCACUUGGAUUCAUUCGCUGAGCUUUUGCGAGAUAGAUUUGGAAUGACGAGUCGCGAACUACGAUAUCGGAUUCAUGAACGCAAUAAAAUCAAAGCAGAGGAACGACCGGGAGUUCUGUUACAUUCAAAGCCUGAGGUCAAAAUAGAGUCCGAUAAUUGGAAAAAAAGAGCCUCUAAUACUUCUUCUGCAUUUGCUUCUAGUUUUAAUUCUGGUUCUGGUUCUUCUUUUGGGAUUUCGUUUGCUUCAAAAUACAAAGAUUUAGAUGAGCGUUUAAAUCUUAGGAGAUCAGAUACAGAAUUUAAAAAAAAUGAUGGGUUUUCACUGACUGGUAUUAGGAGCAACGCCAAUAACGAGGCUUUGCUAACUCUAAAUGGUGAUGACGAUGAUGAUGAUGAUGAGCUAAACAAACUUGCUCGGAAUUGUAAUGAGUACCGUGAAACUUGCAAAUCAUUAAAGUUAAAGGUAGCAGAGAUGGGUUCAACUGUGGAAAGACUCGAAAGAACUAUUUUCGAACAAGAAGUGUUGAUCUUGAAAUUAAAAAAGAGAGAACGGUUUCCAUUAUGGUUUGAGAUUUACUCAUUCUUUACACUGUUGUGUUUUCAAGUCAUGUCCCAAUUUUCCAAAUUGUUUAAGCUACCCGCAGAUUGUAUUGACUACGUUGGCACGCAUAUACAAAAAAAGUAUCAGAAUUACAAGUUGAUGAAAAUGUUUGAAUUGCUACAAAAAAUGAAUCUCAAGAUUCAAGUAAAUUGGCUGCUUGUAUUGGGUGUCUUAAUUAUAGUGCUACUUUUCGCAUCACUCCAACAUUCAAACCAAGAUAACUUGGCAUAUAUCUAUGAAACAAACGAUCAAAGAACGCAAAAGGUUCCUGGACUCACAGAAAUAUGGCGACGCAUCCCAGUCGUUGAACAAUGGCUUUAUAGCUCAAUAGAAUGGUAA